AUGGAAGAUGACGUUUCGAACCCGUUUCGAAGAAUGUCAAUGCGAACUCGAAAGAUUGCUCCAAAAAUGGCAGCUGCACUUGCCAGCAAUGAUAACAGAACUCAGGCAGCAAUUGCCAGACUUGAAGCAUUGGAGAAUGAUUAUACAGGAAUGGAAACAGUAGAAGCUGUUGAUGAUGAUGAGGCUUCUCUUGACGAUGACGAUGAUGUCUAUAUACAAAAGAAGCAUAAAGGCACGAAGAGGAAAACCCGGCAAGCAAAAGCACUUGAGAAUGCUAGGAAGGCCCCGAGAAAUUUUUUGGAGCUCUUGCAUGAGGCAAACCUAGAAGCUUUGCCUCCACAUGUUCCAUCCUAUUUGAGGGCAGCAGUGGGACCUCCAAGCUCUACUUGCCGCAGGCAUUUCUGCACUGUUUGUGGGUUCGCUUCCAAUUAUACAUGUGUGAAGUGUGGAAUGCGCUUUUGUUCAAUCCGAUGCCAGAAAAUACAUGAUGAUACUCGUUGCCUGAAAUUUGUGGCCUGA